AAAAAUAAUUUAGAGUUUUAAAUAUGUAGGAUCGGCUUACAAGAAUAUGUUAUUAGAUAAUAGUUUUCUACUGACAGAUACAUUUUCAGGCGUAAACGGUUAUCUAGGAAAACUGAGUUCACCCUCUAUGUAAUCGGUUCGCUGCCAAAUAGUGUUAUCCGUAACGGAUAAUUUAGCUUGGUAUUAAUCAGCCAUCGGCAUGGUUUUGGCGGUUGUUUCUGUCAACACUAACCCCAUGCCCGAUUGAAGCGCCCUCUCGAGCCGAGGCUAUCAACCUAACUAUUCGAUCCGAAAGCUGAACCGCGAAAUUUCAACGGAAACCUGUUCUGUGCCGGCUGCUAAUGGACUGCUGUUGGGAUCGGAAGAUAAAUACUUUGAAUCUGCGUGUGAGUGGCUGAGCCCAUCUGCGCUAUGUAAAAGGAAGCGGGGUGUUUAUUGUGCUACGAGCGACGGGAAAUAAAGUCGACGAGUUUGUAAAGGUGAGGAGGCCCUGCCGGAGGAAUCGUCUUGCUGCUGGGUUCGCCGCUGCGUUCACUGGUCUAGCCAAGCUAAUGUUGGCUUACAUGCGUUCGGACCAGCAACAUUUCUAACCGAUAGUACGUGCAGUUGGUGUCUCUUUAGAGUUGAGUGGCUCUGGGCUCAAUCAUGUUACAUCUGGGUCGGAAUGAGCAUUGGUCGAUUGGAAUUGACGAGUGACUAGGGGAAGCCGACAACGUACUGAACGUCGACCUCUGUGGGUUUCAUCGUGGCCACGGUGCUGCUGUAGUGUUUUUCUUUUUUCUAUUUGCGUGUUUUUUGUGUAUCAGAGUUCAUGGCUUCGUUACUGUUUAUAUUGCGGCGGCAUUUGGUGCUCCGCCUAUUAGGAUAGCAUCUAGGACGUGUGGCCGGACCGAACAGCCCGGCUUAAGGAAACAAGCACCAACGGGCAAUUUGAAAGCAACGUAAAAGAAACAACAGCUUUUCUCAUUCUGACUCACUACCUUCAUCCGUCUCAGCAUGAGAUGUAUUAAAUAUCGGGUAGGAUACAAUGUGCUUUGGUACCUAUUUAAUUACGCGGCGUGAAUCUGUUCGAUGAGUUGUAGUUAGGAGAUAUUAACAAGAAUUCGCGUUCAGUUGAUUCGUGACUGUAUGUGUCAAUUGUAAGAGAUGGUUUUCCCGUUAAGCUAGUGGCGCUGACGGACCGGAUGGACAUUCGAUUGAAAAGAAAAUUGACUGCAUAGGACCAUUUAGUAGAUGAUGGAUAAUACCAUCGUCGUUGUGGAUACACAAAUUAAGUGAGACAGUUCUAGUUACUUCUCAGUUCUAAUUAGGUGAAGGUUAGGAAGAAAUAGAAGGCAAUAUGGUUUUUCGAGGAUACUCAGUGCCCAUUGUUGUGGAUAGCCCUAAACGAUUCUUCGAAGGAAAUGUCCGACCAGCUUCGCCAAAGACUCAGCAGUUCAUAAUGCUAUCGUCGAUCUACUGUCAGUUGCUGGUCGUAGUGUGCGUCGUUCUCUUAACAUCGGAAGUUAUCACGGGCAGACAGCCACUUCUCUUCUUUUCUGAGGGUUUCUUUUUGUACCUAUAUACGACCAGCCUUUUGUUUCUCGUUUACGUCUAUCUUUACCUCCUGCGGCAUGGCAAUAUACCAUCAAACGGUCCUGCCGGUGGAGUUCGACGUCCUCCGCCACCUCCAUUAAAACGAACCGGUGGCCUGUUAGAUAUGCGUAAGAUAGGUCCCACCCCAAAGAGUUCCUCCGCGGCCGACAAUAGCGGAGUCGUCACCUCUACGGGGGAUACUGCCGAAAAAUAUCAAGAGCAUACAGCCCUCAAUGGAUUCAACCAAAGUACCGACAACAAUUCCGUAACACGCGUCGUGAAACAACGCACGAGUGAGAAUGACCGAUCACACGGAAGUUUGUUUUUACGAAUUGGUGCCAUCGCCUUCGGAUUGGGCACGAUGGUCUACAAUGGACUCGAAUUUGGAUCGUAUUUUGAGAUACCUACCAGUAGCCGCUGUUAUUCGCCAUUGCUUGCCGUCAAUCCGCUUCUUCAAAUGGCGUUCACGUUUGCACAGAUGUACUUCAUAUUUAUGAAUGCCAGAUUAAAUAUACAAAAGUUCAAGGUUGUAGCCCGCUUUGGGUUAAUGCACAUUGUGGCUACGAAUAUCUGCGUUUGGAUCCGUACCCUAGGCAAAGAAACCUUGCAGGAAAUACUAUCGCAUGAAGUUGAUACUACGAGGAACGGGUCCGUCGCCAUCGAAGAUGCUGUACUCACGUUUCGCGCUAGAGCUAACAGAAGUGAAUCAUGCGAACGGGUGGAUAUUAUGGGCACGAUUGUUGUGGAUGCUUCACCUUUUCUUUACCCGUUCAUCAUUGAAUACUCCCUAAUUUCUGCUGCUGUCCUGUACGUCAUGUGGAAAAAUAUUGGAAAAAACCCAGUGUUUCAGGUGGAACGGCCGCCUGCCACAGAUCAUCCGAGUGUGGAUGAACAGAUAUCGCGUACGUCGUCAUCCUUAUUCCAGACCUUCUCCGGAAAUACGGGCGGCACGACGCUUCUUUCAUCAGUUGGGGGUAUUCCUGUCCACCAGACGGUGAACUGUGCCGGUUCGUCGAAAGGCCUAUUUCUCGGCUUGUUGAUGUUGGUCUGUUCAACUAUAUGUUUGAUCGUGUUUUUCGUUCUCGUCCAACAUAAGCGAUACGAGUUGAUAGCCAUCUACAUGUCGGAUGUAUCACACUGUGGAAUUAAGACCCUCACGACUCUGGCGAUUCUGAUCGGAUUCAUCAGGGUUAGACACCUACGAUUUCAUCCGGACCGCAAUGAUCACCUAAGGUCAAUCCUUUUGAGCGUUUCAUCAUUCGGUCUUUAUGUUUACUCUGUGUUCGGUAUCGUCGCCGGAGCCCUUCUCCCAAAAGAACAUGUGCCGAACUCUCUCUUGCUCCUUACGUCCAUUUUGACGAUUGUCCAGAUAACCUUACAAUCCCUAUUCAUAGCAGACGUGACCUGUCGUUCAACCUACCUGCCCGAGCACGACAGAACAAAGCCAGGUCGGCAAAUAGUCACGUUUCUGUUAAUUUCUAACCUCACCCUCUGGAUCAUCUAUACCUUCGAGAUGCAGAAGGUUGAGGCGAGUCCGGUACAACUCGGCUUCUAUGGAUUCUUUGCGUGGACCUUUAUUAUACGCUCAUCGCUUCCACUCAGCAUUUUCUACCGAUUUCAUUCAUCGGUUACGUUUGCGGAAGUAUGGAAGAACUCCUACCGAGACAUUACCCAUUAAUUACAGUAAUUAGGAGUAAUGAUGCAUUUGAUAAGCACCCAUAAUUGCCUAUGGCAUUGCAUGCUAUGUCAUGGCUUUAAGGAAACACUCUGUAGACAUAGCAUAAUUAUGUAUUCCGGACAGCCAAGGACCAAAGUAUUCAGAGCCAGAGCGGAAACCAUUUUCUACACCACGCGAAGGCGGGCCGAUAAUCGUAAAAAGACGAAGUGACAUUUUUGUAUGGAUAUUUUGUACUAACAAUAGCUCUGAUCAUAUUCCGAGGCGCCUCAGCCGGCAGUUGGCGUCGGUAAUUCUAAAUCUUACCGUUUUUAGUCGCACUUCAACUGUCAAUGAUAUUGAUCUCCGUUUCAACCAAGUGUGAGCGCUCAUCGGCUGGCAAAACGGUCGAUUCACGGGCCGGCGCUCGACUUUCAAGCGGCAAAAAGCCAAGAAGACACGUUUAUCAAAGAUAUUAAAAGAGCAAGUAUUUCCUGUUCGACUGACACAACAAUAAAGUAUUAGAGUUCUGUCAAUCAUAGAUAGGAUGUUCCCAUCGACUGCAUUAGGUAAGUUAUGUGGAAAAACGUAAAUGUACACAUAUUUGUUUUCGUAUUGUUCUAGUUACUGUAGAUAGGGAAUCGCCUAUAGCUAGACGGCAUUUUGAGUACAACUGGCUGGCGGGGUUACUCAUGUACGCUAAUUUAAAUAUGUGACUACGCUACAAAUAAUAUGAAAAAUAAUUUACUCCUUAGAGAGUAAAAGCAAUCACUCGAACGACAAUAAUAAUAAUAAUAAUAAUAAUAAUAACAUGUGUUAUCUUUUCUUGCUCAGUAUGAAGCUCUUGACUAACUCGGAGUCAUAUAUUAACCAGCUCGUAGAUAUAUUUUGAUCUUGUACCAGAAGAGUAGGACCAAUCCAAAAUGAGCAAUCUGAGUUUAACUUUUAAUGAUAACUAUGGCUUUUUUAAACUAUGAAAAAGCGUAAUUCUUGUUUCCUGCAUCACUUAAUUUUGCUAUCAUUCGUAUCCGGUCUCGUACAGAGUGACCUUAGGAGAACUGAACAUCACAGUCUGAGAUCAGAGGAGCAUCGCAGAUGUUGAAGGCCACAGUCUUAUCAGGAAGUCAUCUCCAAAGUUCUGUGCUCCAAAAUAUUUGAUAUCUAAUAAGUUUUAGAACUCAGAGUAAAUUUGAGCAAAAAAUCGCCAUGCCAGCUAAGCAGCUUUUUCGUAAGUUAUUCCAAAGAUAAAGAUAUUUCUAAGAAUAUUUACUCCCGGGACCCAACAGCUCUUUAACCCCGUUCUCAAUUAGGGGUCGGGCAUAAAUAAAUGCCGUCUAUUUUGUGCUUUUAACCAACAUCAUCACAAACCACUAAAAUUCUAAAGAAACAUCACUUCUACACAUACUUGUAAGCAUGAAUUAGAUUGGUAGAACGUGCGCGCAUCAAUCCGAUGCUUUCCGCCGUUGUUGCCAAAAUCAGCAGCAGUUGAAGUUUAUUAUGAAGAACAAUUAUAGUCCGUGUAAGAUUGAUACUUGAUUGAAAAUAUAUAGAGGAGUGUAAUGUGUACUUUAUCAGCACCAUUGUACCAGUCGAUCGGCUUGAUUAUUAUUGGCGAUAACAUCUAUGACUGAGGACGCGUUAUUGAUAUCAUUAUUUUGUGACAAUUACUAUGAACAAAUAUAACACGGACUUAUUUUAUUAUAUAUCAAUUGCCUUGAUCUUGUUUACAUAAAGACAACAAAGAGAAACCAAGCAAAAAAUACUGCAUACGUUAUACUCGACUACGAAUGCAUGUUUUGUAAUGAGCGGCAUAUAAUAGAAAUAGAAAUAAAUGUGACAAUUUUUUCGACCUGAAGGCCAAUAAUAAUGCUAUUAGUCAGACUCUUACGUGAUUACGUCAAAGUUAAAAAAGUACUUCGCAUAUUGAAGAAAUCCUCUUGAAUAAAUUUAAGCCUUUUGCAUCAAAAUUUUUAAGCAUAUCUGCAGAGCGAAAUUCGUAGACGAAAGUAGCGGCGCGUUAUUAUUUCGAAAGAAUUACUACAUUCCUAAUUGUUUCUAUAACGGGUCUGUGCUUUAUCUAAAAUCUGUACUUAUAACCUGUUGGUAGGCAAGCGAGGGCAAUCGCGUGAUAACCUCAGGUGUCGUCGCACGCAGCAAAAGCGAGUACUUCAUUAAGUUGCAAAACGAAAUUCAAUAAUUUUAAAAACUAAAUAUUUGUGAGAAUAAUUUUUAAGUAAUUUACAUAGAAAUACGCAACAACUUAGAAAGCCUGUCAUGCGUAUAGAUGUUUCAGAAUAAUAUAAAAAAAUACGUAGCUAUUCUUUAAGUGUACUUUUGCAAAACUCGUAAAGCGUACGGCUAAAACUGGAUGUCUCUCAAAGAAACAUACGGAGCCACGUGUGGAACAAAAUGCAUAAGUCUUCAGCUCAAGUCAGUUCAAUGAACCGAACGACACAGGCCAGAGUAAAAGCAUCACUCGUUUCUUGAAAUGUAACAAUUAAAAAUUGAAUAUCUAUCUAAUUGAAAACAAUGUAAUAUAUAUUAUAGAAAAUACACUAUAGCCUUGCGCAAAGAAACUCUGGACAUUCUAAGGCCGGAAGUUAUCAGAUACCCCAGAUCGAGGGUCCGUCAGAUAGACAUACCCAUAAUUACCGACAGUAAAGUGAUCCCUGAAACAGCAUUACUGAAUAUGUUUGCAGUAUGAGUUAAGUAUCUAUAUAUAGAUAUUUACGUUCUAUUUGCCCC